CACCGAUGCCGUCCAAUCAGAUCCCGCCAAAGCGAGACACCGCCAAGAUCAGAUUGUGAGACGCGCUGCUGUUAGCACUGCUAGCGGAGAGUGGAUAGAAAGAGCUAACAAACAGUUUGCUAACUUUGUGAGGCGCACCGGGUCGGAAAAGUGACAAAAAAAAGAUCAUUUUCCUUUUAGCCUGAAGCUCAACUCCUCCGGUCCUUUGGGAUCAUGGCUAAAGAUGCUGGUCUGAUAGAAACAAAUGGAGAGCUGAAGGUUUUCAUCGAUCAGAAUCUGAGCCCCAGCAAAGGUGUCCUAUCUUUGGUUACUGUCCAGCCUACAGCAGCUCCCGUGGCCAAACAGUUACUACCCAAAACUCUUGGGCCAUCCAAUGUGAAUAUUGCUGCACACAUGCAACAUGUGCCACACAUGGUGAUCGGAACACCACAGAGGCCUACGAUACCCAAUGCCAUUUUGGUAAACAGUCCCCAUACUCCCAGUUCUCAGUUCCUUGCUCAGAGUCAACCUUCUGACGCCUCUCCCUGGUCAUCAGGGAAACGAGGUAAAAAAGGAGAGAAGAAUGGAAAGGGCUUAAGGCAUUUCUCCAUGAAAGUGUGUGAGAAGGUGCAGAAGAAGGGAGUAACCACCUACAAUGAAGUGGCAGAUGAGCUGGUUGCAGAAUUCAGCUCUGCAGACAACCACAUGUCACCCAAUGACUCGCAUGUGUAUGACCAGAAGAACAUUCGGCGGCGUGUGUACGAUGCACUCAAUGUGCUCAUGGCCAUGAACAUUAUCUCGAAAGAGAAGAAAGAAAUAAAGUGGAUAGGCCUUCCCACAAACUCAGCGCAGGAGUGCCAAAACCUAGAGGUGGAGAGACAAAGACGGCUGGAGAGGAUUAAGCAAAAACAAUCACAGCUUCAGGAGCUCAUACUACAGCAAAUAGCUUUUAAGAACCUUGUUCAGAGGAACAGACAGACGGAGCAGCAAGCAAUCAGACCUCCACCUCCCAACUCCAUCAUCCACCUUCCGUUCAUCAUCGUCAACACCAGCAAGAAAACGGUCAUCGACUGCAGCAUCUCUAAUGACAAGUUCGAGUAUUUGUUCAAUUUUGACAGCAUGUUUGAGAUCCACGAUGACAUCGAGGUGCUGAAGCGGAUGGGCAUGGCGUGUGGUCUGGAGGUUGGGAAAUGUUCUCCAGAAGAUCUGAAGGUCGCACGCAGCCUGGUGCCCAAAGCUCUGGAGCCCUAUGUUAUAGAAAUGGCCAAGGGUCCUAUCAGUAACGUCUACAUCACUGGAGGGUCCUCUGCCAAUGGAACACGUUACCUGCGAGCAGGGAAUGAAGGCACUGACGGCACCAUGGCCUCCAGCUCAAAUGACUCUCACUACAGCGGCUCUCGUGUGGAGACUCCAGUGUCUUAUAUGGGUGAUGAUGACGACGACGAAGAGUACGACGAGAACGAGGACGAGGACUAAAAUCGUCUAUGCCACGCCACUCCAACAAGCACAGCCCCCCCCCCCUCCCCCCACCUUUAUUGUGGGAAUUUAGGUCCCCUUUUUUUGUGUGUGUGCUUCUCA